CGCAGGAGAGCAGAGCUGGUAAGCCCAAAUUUUCACUUCUAAAAUUGCCACCGCCGCGAAUCAGCUCAAUUUUAGUGAUGGUCUGCGUGCAAGUGAGGUGCCGUCGUGAUCACAAUUGAUCUAAUCACUCCAAAUAAAAGCACAGGGCCACUACUAUGAGUGCCAAAGUAAACAUGGAGUGUCCGCCCAAAGAGCCCGACUGUGCCCCCGUGGCCCCGCCAGCCCUGCCCGCACCUUCGCCAGGCGAUCCCAUCCUUCUCUGCGGGGUGGAUAGCGUGGCCAAGAAGCCUCGGCCUCAGACGCACACCGCCACUGCUUUGCUCCUACCAGCUCCGGGCCAUCAAAAAGUGGAACUGGCACCAACCAUGGCAGUGGCAGACCCGAGUAAAGCAGGCAUGGCAACUGAGACAGUCAAGCCCGCUUUGACAGCACAAGUGGCAGGAGCUUGUAGCAUCGUCCACGUCCUGGAGUGGAAGGAAGGAAUGGCCAUCCUUCCAGGGAGUAACCUCAAGUUCUGUGUCAGUGAUGUAGGAGCCUUAAGUACACUGAUCACACCUGGGACCCCCAGCACCACCAAUGAACCUGCAGCAGGGACUUCUGGUAGACUGAUCAACGCAGAGCGCUCUCCACUGGACAAGCCAGAUAUGUCGCCUGUGGUCACAGUGCGCAGUGCAGGUGUGGAGCCAGAGAGUUUACUUCAGGUGAAACCGGAGGUCCAAAUGGGACUGGGCCAGCAGAACCAUGAUCCCAAAGCUCAGAAGAUUUACAAAGAAGAACUACGCAGAGAGCCUAUGGUAGAUAAGAGGAGUGUUGGAGUGGAGAAGGUCCCCGCUGGUGCAAGAGUCUCCUCUUUAAAUGUUGAUCAUCUGAAGCCCAUGAGGAAGAGGAAGAGAAAGGAAUGUCUGGGGCCCUCUGAUGAAGACUCUGACAUGGAGGGCAUGGAGGACAAAAUGGAAGAUCUAAAAGCAGAUGGCAGAUACAUCAGAGGGGGAGACAUGAAGACGGAACCCUGGACGUGGACCCAGUAUUUAGAGGAAACCAAAACUAUCGCUGCGCCCGACAAGCUUUUCCAAGAGACUCAGAGAGCGCCUGCAGUAAAGAAUGGCUUCAAACAGGGGAUGAAGCUGGAGGGCAUCGACCCACAGCACCCGUCGAUGUAUUUUGUCCUUACUGUGGCCGAGGUGUGUGGCUACCGCCUCCGCCUCCAUUUUGACGGCUACUCGGACUGCCACGACUUUUGGGUGAAUGCCAACUCGCCGGAUGUGCACCCUGCAGGCUGGUGCGAGAGCACAGGACACAAACUGCACACACCUAAAGGUUGUAAAGAAGAAGAGUUCACAUGGACCAACUACCUAAGAAUGACAAAAGCACAAGUGGCCCCCAAAGAGCUGUUUGCCAGUCCUGGAAGGAUGAACACCAAGUGUGACUUCGAGAUAGGGAUGAAACUUGAGGCAGUUGAUCGCAUGAACCCCUCCCUCAUCUGCGUAGCAACCAUCACCGAUGGGGUGGACGACCGCUUCCUGGUGCACUUUGACAAUUGGGACGACACAUACGACUACUGGUGUGAUGCUACCAGUCCAUACAUUCAUCCUAUUGGUUGGUGCCAGGAGAGAAAUCUGCCAUUAACACCACCCCAAGAUUAUCCCGACCAGGGAGCGUUUUCCUGGUCCCACUACUUACGUGAGACUUGUUCUAAGGCAGUCACAGCUGACUCAUUUAAAAUGCGCCCGGCCCACAACUUCCAGCCUCAGAUGAAACUGGAGGCUGUGGACAAGAGGAGUCCUGGUCUCAUCAGAGUGGCAACGGUGGAGGAAAUCGAGACUCACCGUAUCAAGAUCCACUAUGAUGGAUGGAGUCACAUCUAUGACGAGUGGAUGGACUCUGAUCACCCUGACAUCCAUCCAGCAGGCUGGUGCGAGGCCACAGGUCACCCGCUUAAACCCCCACCACAGGACGCCAAAACACAGCAGAUACACGGUCCAAGGGAGCCUCCCACUCUGGCCCAGUCCACUUUCCCUCCUUCUGUUCCCUGUAAGCCCAUCAGCCACACCAGAACCAACAAGUACAACUUUCACAACAGGAAGUGUCCAACUCCAGGUUGUGACGGUUCAGGUCACGUGACCGGUCGCUUCACAGCGCAUCACUGUGUUUCGGGUUGCCCGUUAGCUGAGCGCAACCAAGGCAGGCUUAAGGUGGAUCUGUCAGACUCUGAGAGUAAGAGGAGUCUCUUUUUUGGCCAGAGAACCAAGAAGACGCAUUAUCGUGGCAGGAUUGGACGUCCACCCAAAUAUAGGAAGAACCAGCAGAGAGACUAUCAGAACAUUUCAUCAGAGUGUGUGUAUCCAUCAUUGUUUGUGUCGGCUCUGAGCGGUCAGUCAGACCGCACUCUGUCCCUGUGCUGGGAGCAACACUGUAAACUUCUACCUGGCGUCCUGGGCAUUCCUGCCAGUCAGGUGGCGGCUUGGACUGUGGAGGAGGUCUUCAACUUUGUGCACAAUUUAAUUGGAUGUGAGGAUCAGGCCCGUCUCUUUAAAGAUGAGAUGAUUGACGGCGAGGCCUUCUUACUACUGACUCAGGCCGACAUUGUGAAGAUCAUGAGCAUCAAACUCGGCCCCGCCCUCAAGAUUUCCAAUGCCAUCCUUAUGUUCAAGAGCACGGACGAGGCUCUCAAAUGACUCGGUUUGGGGUUAGGAUGAGGAUUAUAGUGCAGUCAUCACGUGCCAAAAUCAUUGUGCAAGGCAAAGACCCCUUGCCUGAGCCCUUUUUGUGUGUUUUGUGUCCUGUGACCAUCAGGUGUACAAGUAGACUCAAAGGACAUUUUAGGAUGAAAGUGUCAGACACAAUAUGGAUACCAGGGUGAGUGAGUGAGCAGCAUAACGUUUUGGCUGAGGAAGAAUUGCAUCAUUCUUCUUAACUUUCCCCAAAAAACGAGUUCAUGUUCUGAUCGGUCGUAUCGAUGAUUUAAUGGCUGGCAAUGACUCAAAGAAGUGGAAAAAAUACUGUAACAAAUUGUAUUAGCGAACAAAAUAUCAACACUUUUUUAUCCAACAGCAGGAUCAGAAAUAUUACAAUGAGGCGAUUGAGUCCCCUCCAUACUUGAGUGGCAACAGUGCUUAGCACAAACCAUCAGAGGUUGCCAAUUACAUUCACAUACAUUUAACAUGGCACUGUUUAACAUUUCAUUCACAGUCCUGGAUUCAGCAAAUGAAAUGCACAAAUAGUGACCUUGCCCCAACACAUACAGUAAUACAAGCGCGAACAAAUAGAAGUACAUAAAUAGCAACAUUUUUGUGCCGUGUACUGUUAAAAGAAAAAAAAAAAUCAAGGACAAUUGCAUAUCAUUGAGUAAACCAGGACAACAAACAUUGCCUUGAGGGUAAAGUUCUGCAAUAAAAACUUAUUAAAUUUCCUCAAAAUAAUGUAUUUCUUUAUCACUUUAAGUAGAUGAGAAGAGGACCCUGUGCAUAUUGAAUAAAUCAUUUCAGUGUCAUUUCCAGCUGAAAAAUUCCCAUUCUGUCAAAAAACACCUCUUCAGCUAAAACUUUGGCCGUUGUGGGAAUUUCAUUGAAGAAAACAGCUUUUUCCAAUUUUUUUAUUGCAACAUGAAAUCCACAGAUCAGCUGGAGAGAACUUGGAUUUCUAAAUCGCACAACUAUUUACUUAAUUCAGCCCCAUUCACAAAAGCACAAUCGGUGUUGCCAUCUUAGCAGUUUGGUUGACAUAUUUACCGAUUUUUAUGACGACUGCUGUAGCAACUAUUUUUCCAAAAAGCAAACCCCGUACCCCAUUUUGAGAACCAGUGACUUAUGUGUUGUUAACAUUUCUGCUGAUUACUGUUACAGCCCAAAUGAGCUAUUGGUAAAGGGAAUAUUGAUGCGACCCAAAUUAAAAACAACAAUGUCACACAACAUGGUAAGUAAAUAGGAUUUGUUAAAAUUGAAAUGAAAAUAACAUGGAGAAGUUUCAAUGUAGUGUAAAAAUGAAGCGUGUGGUCCGUGAUUAAACGACAAUGCAUAAACUAGGCCGGCCGUUGAAGCUCUACGAAGCUUCUUUUCUGUGCAAUAAUAACAAUACAAAAUAUAUAUAUAUUAUAAUUGUAUUUGAAAAAAAAAAAUCAGUCUGUGAGCUCUGAAAGUUUGUGACUGAUGUAUUUUUCAGGAUUUCUUUACUAUUUGCCUUCUUUUCUGUGUUUUGUGCCUCAAAUGUGUUGCACUUGGAGUUACCACAAAAAAAAAAACUGUAUAGGAGCUCAGUAAUAAUUCUGAAUCUAAAUGUUAUAACUUUAACUGCAUUGUUUUUAUGCAACAAAUUUUAUUUGUGGAUGCAUUGCCAUUGGAGCACAACUGUGAACCCCAAAUGGGAUAUAAGAGUGUUUUAAAUAACUAUGAACAAGUUUACAUUUGUGUGUUCUUUGACAGGUUUACACUUGUGUCAUUGUCAUGAUAGGAUUUUGUGCGUUAUUUCACUGGAAUGUCUUAAGGGCUCUUGGCUUUGUCUUUCUCUCUGGUACGUGUGCGUGUGCUAAAAUGAUGUUGAAUAACAAAUGUCAUUCAAAUAAAUGUCCAAACUUGA